CCAGGAAAGUACCGAGGAUGCCCUGAAGGUGUGUACUGUGCAAACUUCAAGCUUGAACCGUUCUCUUAUCUAAACAUCACGAGAAUCAGUUUGGAACUCGUCCACAGUGACAGCCAGUGUGGACUUGCUUGCCUAAAAUCCGCCUCAUGUUUUUCUUAUAACCUGGCUGCCGUUCCUGAUGUCAACGGAGAACUGUUUUGUGAAUUGCUUCCAUCUGACAAGUAUAACAACUCGGCUAAAUUCAUUCCCAGCCUAAGUUACCAUCACUUAAGCAUUUCGGUAAGUAAAAAUAAACUAAAAUUGAUUUUAGGCGUGAUCCAAUUUCUGAAUUAAUAAGAUUUGGAAUUAUUUUAAAGAUGAAAAUAUCUUCCGACGAAUCGAGUAUGAUAAUUCCUCUCGCCCUUUUACUUAUCAAAUACGUUUAUUAUCCUGUUUUUGAACUGAAGAAGCACAAAAAAAUCUAACUCUUUCAUCAGUUUUACUUAACCCCGCCAAUAACUAACAAACUAUACCUUGGAAGAGGUGCAUUUAUUAUACAUGGAUGUUAAGCGUAAGCGAAAUGAUAUCGAGGCUAAGCUGUUCCUACGAUACCACAGCAUGUCAAUGUUCCAUCAACAGAGUCCUUGCUCUAGCAAUCCUUGUAUGAACGGUGCAACUUGUACAGCCAAGUACAGAGAUGACGACUAUGAGUGCAUAUGCUCCACAGUCUUUAUAGGAAAGCACUGCGAAAUAGGUACGUUGAAAAUUGCAUUCUUUGGUUUCAGCUUACAGAGCGAGAAACCGGCAAAAAGUGCGUCCCUAAGUAUUCCUGGCUGGUGAAUGGUGCGAGUGAUAAAUUCUGUACAAGUUUGUGUAUUUGUUCUCAAUCAUGGACUUUAACAAGAUGUACUAAAACUUUCAAAUAUGGGGGAAAGAAGAGGGAGGGGCAGAAACAACAUUGUUUGUACGAUCAGAUAAAAUUAUUUGAGUUAGAAGCAUUCCUCUCAGAGUAUGCAUUUUUUCUUCAGUUUGACCCAGAAAAUAGAUGUGAUACUUGUGGAUAUAGUCCUAAUGCAUGAAUGCAAUGAUCUUGGUUUUUAUUUAUCAGCUCCAGGAGUAGAUUGUGAAGAUAUGCAAAAGCGUGUUGAUUCUCUAAAAGAUGGCAUGUACUGGUUGGAUCCGGAUGGAGGAAGCCAUUCCAAUGCAUUUCAAGCCUACUGUGAUAUGACGUCAUACAGUGGAGGAUGGACCAUGUGUUACACUACCGAUGAAUAUGUCACACCUAAAACUGAAGUCACUUAUGACGCUCAGUUUCCUUAUGGAAGUGACGGCUAUAGGACCAACUGUAACAACAUCCCGGUAACUUAAUUAAGUAGCAUUUGCUAUUGUCCUUUAAUGGUCUGGAGAGGGUGGGUAAAUUUGUCUCGGCGAAAUUACUGCUUAGAGUUUGGUUCAGAUUUGGCCGUGCAACACAAAAACGCCCAUGUGACCUGACUUGUUUCAACAAGGUAUUUGUCCGGUCAAUCCCCAGUUUCGGGAGUCUGCAGACUCAUUACUCAAUUGCUCGUAAGGCAAUUUUCAUAAGAGUUUCGUAAUUAAUCCUAGACUAGAUUGGUUUUGCUUUACUUUGCUUGGUGAUUGUUUUAGAAAACUAGCACUACUUUCUCAACCGGUCAGAUGCAAAAAUAAACCAAUGAGGACUUAGUCACCCGCGUUUCCCGCGCUUUACGGGUUUAAUUGUUCUUGUGUUGAGUUCUUCGUGGCUUUUCUGGGUAUUUUCUUUUAUGCUGAUUGGCUUUCGUAAUAACUUUGGUUUUGUUUUUGUGACGUCCAAUUAAUAUCAUUCAAAUGUUAUUUUCUCUCUCAUCAGUUUACAGAAAUAAUAUUUAUCGAUCACCAAAACGAAGCCAAGGCUUACUUCACACGCCGUAAUCAGGGUGCUCUGACGGCCGCUAUUAAUUAUGGAAGUGGUGCUGCUUCCUAUGGAUUAUGGGAUAGCGUUGGAACUAGCAGCCAAUAUUCCUAUCAGUUGCUGAUCUGCCAUGGUCCUUUGUUUUUUGGAUUCAUGAUAUCUGGGUAUACUGGUAACAAUUAUAAAGUGUGUAGCAACUGGGUUGUUGAUAAUCAGUCACCAUAUUUCCGUUCAGCAUCAACCAAUCCGUCUUUUGGAGGAGUUGCCUUUAACGUCAAUGGUUAUGGAACACUUACCAAGAAGCUCAUCAGUGUUGGUUUACGCUAAGAAAGUUAUUUCCAUAGUAAAGUUGUCUCUUCUGAGUGAUCACUUUAUGAAUUACUAACCUUUUUAAUGCUAAAUCAAGGCAGGAUUAAGCGAAAUCGAAUCACUAUACAAUCGAACCUGUUUUAAGCGACUCCGUAUUUAGCUAUCACCUUGUUUCAAACAGCCGGUUACUUAAGUCCCGAAAUUGUUUCCUCUUAAUCACAGUAAUUUUUACCUUCAUUGAGCGGUCGCGGUCACCCUUUAUUAAGUCCCAAUGGCCUGUUUGUAUUGUCUUCCAUUUAAAACAUUGAAUGUAGCAGCAUCAUUGAUUGAAUAAAGCACUUUGAAUAAAACGUAAGUGAAGCAUGUUUGUUAUGUUUGUAUGAGAGAUGAGUAGUGCAGGCCACAAUCCACUUCCACUGAGCGUCGUUUAAUUAUACUGACAUCCUUAAGAAGGUUCCCUACGGGGCCGAGAUGGAACAAGUGUGUUGGUCGAUGCUUUGAACGACUACCUCUAGGUGGAUUUCCCAUAAAAUGACUCAUUUUUCAAGCACAUGACUUGCCUGGACAAAGAAUCACGCUUCAUACAAAUAGAUUAACAGCAAGAUUAGAGCCCAAGAGUGGCUAGAGUCUGAGAUGAUUACUAACAAAAGAACAUGAUGAAAACAGGUCUCUUGUCAGUAAUGAUUCUUUGUCACACCAAAGUUGAAUGCAUUUCUCAAGAAUUAUGGGUACAUUUGACGAUGGAAAUUUUGGAUAUGAUUUCUGCCGAAAACACUAAACGCCCCACGGUCAAAUGUUAAUCUGACAGUCACGGGAAAAAAAUUCUGAGACUGAUUAAAACGUAUUGUUGGCGCAAUCAGGUCGUUUCUUCUUGCUGAUCUGCAUGGCAAGUGAGAUAUAAUUAUAUCACUAGGAAAACCAAGCCGGAAGUAGCAGUUAACAUUUAAAGUUCUGUGGAAUGGUGGUUUCUCUGUUUAGGAAAAAUGAACUUCCCAGAUCAAUAUCCCUUAUCACUCAUUGCGAUGGAAUUGCCACUUGUCAACAUCCUUGAGUAAUUUUCUGUCAUGUGAUAUAUUUACUUGGAUUAUAAUGAUCAUGAGAAAAACGGAGAUUACUCUUGGUAAACUGCACGACAUGCUGCAAUUAUCAUCAAUCAGUUGUACUGAGUCAGGUUUGUUAAUUGAGCUUCGAAAGAAUUCUCGAGUUGCCUCGAUGAUGCUUCAGAUAUACGCUCUCGGAUUACGGCGUCUAAGAAAAAGCUACCUUCCCAACCAACACCUAAUAGUCACGAUAUAUUACUUUACGUUUUCCCACAUUUCAAGCAGUAUGUUAGUUGUUACUUUGAGUUCUUAUUGGCUCGGUGAGAUAUUCGCCUUCGUUGUGUUAGACGGCUGAUGAUUGGGUUUAGUUUUGGUUCAAUGACACUGAGUCGAAAUAGGUUCUCUCAUCAUUGCAUCGACUCAAAUACUUCAGGUGCUGUAAAGACAAAGAUCUUGGGUUUACAAUUUUUAUUUUACAUUAAAAACAGCUAAUCUAGAUCUUGGUUCUCUGGUAAGCUUCUCUACCCAUAAAUAAAAUAAUAGUUUUAUGUAAUUAAGUUGCGACAGGAGUUCCGUAUAGAUGAAAUCUGAAAAUUGAAAAUCAUUUUACGGACCAUGCUAUCUCAAGAGAUUGGACUUGCCAACACAAACAUUUAGGUUGACUGCAAGUUUCUCUGGCUGAUUUAACGAGAAAAAUCCUGACUACGAGUUUGUUGUUUUCUUUUGCUGCGGGUUCAAAAAUAUUAUCCGGUGCUCUACAGUUAACGGCUGUCAGGUGUUGCCUGCCGUACAUAAACGUUCCACCCUUCACCAGUUUUCGACUCUCUGUUAUAUUAAAAAAGUUACUGGAGUUUCUGAAGAAUUUACCAGUCAAUCUAAUUACUGCUCUCGAUCACACAUCGUCAGGUGUUUUCAAUCUCUUGUUUUUCUUUUAAUUUUUUUUUAACUUCCCUUGGUUGUUAUAUAACUAUUUCUGUUUUUUUUUCUUCUCACUACAAAUUUUGCCAAAAAUUUCUGUGACUUUCUCAUUUAUCUGCGGCUUUUUGGGUUUUCUGUCGAUCAAAUUAUCAAUUUCCUCCAGAAGAAAUUUCAUCAUUUUUAUUUUCUGUCUGAGGCGAACUGCCUGACUUAAGCCGAAUCUUGAUCAUAAAAAGCGCCGUAAUACGGCCAGGUGAAAAUAUCAGUUUUAUGUCAAUACACGAUCGGUUAUGACAAGAACAACUCGAUAAACUGAAGUUGCGCUUACUUUAAUGGGCGGGAGAGUGCACCUUUAAUGAAGAUUCUCAAAGAGGUAACUGACAGUUCCAAUUAGUAGUUGAUAAGUGUAGCCUUCUUUCAGGCAUUUUACAUAUCAAAGUAGAUAAUCAAAUUUGUUGUCAAAUUUGUUGGUUUUUGUCGUUGCGCUGUUCGUGUGUUAACCAGAGGUAGUGCUGUCGUCAUAACUUACCCCUGUUUGCAUCAUGGAAAUAUUUUCUAUAGAUUUUUGAAUAAUUUUGAAGGCCAUUACACACUCGUACAUAGAUUUUGCGACUCACAACCAAUUUCACAAUCAAACAACGUACAGUUGUUAUGACAUAAUUUCAUUAUUCUCGGUUGCCUGCAUGAGUGCCCCGUUUGCUUAAUAAUUUAUAAUUAAAAAUUGGUAAUUGCAAACACUAGAAAACAAGAAAUGAAUAGCUCCUUUAAUUCUCACCUCAAAAUUUCACUUUUUGCUUUCUUCGUAACCAGCCUUUAUCAAGCAGUUUCUGAGGUCUACAUCGAUGGUAGGAGUGGCUUGAAGCGAGACACAGGGUACAGUGUUGCCUUCGGUAACUUUGCCGCACACAAGUUUUACCAUCUUAGUUUGCCGCCUCUGGUUUCCACUUCAGUCAAAGAUGUCGGACACUGUGCCAGGCUUUGUUUAGAUAAUUCAGCAUGUUUCUCAGUUAACUUUGCGGCGAUGCGUAAUCAAGAUGGGAAUAUAACCUGUGAAGUAUUAGCAAGCGAUAAAUACAACAACUCCGCUUUGUUUAAUCCUAGCGCGAUGUUUCAUCAUUUGAGUAUAAACGUAAGUACAUCUUCAUUUUUCAUCAGGUUUUACCCACGCUGUGUAGAUACGCAUUUAUAGUUAAGGGUAUGUUACACUGCAAAAGACCUUGGUAACCUCGUUAACUUUGAUUUGGUAACCUCGUUAACUUUGAUUUGGAAGUUUCAUGAUCUUUAAGUUUAAAUUCUUCUCAUUUUUUUUGUGAGACAUUUGCUCUUUGUUUCGAUUACUUACAUAAUUCUAUUUUUGUUCGCUAUUUCAAUAAAGUCGUUCCCUUGACUACGUCGCAAAACUAUCUCGAGAAAGCACUCAUAGCUCGCAUCGUAAACACAGGAUUUAUGAAAAAUGAUGCGGCUACAAAGUCGGUGAGCCCUCAAGCAGGCAGCAAAGUAGCGUAACAAGUUUUUCCAACACUUUCUGAAUAUACAUCUUUGAAAGAAGCCAGAGAUUAGCUUUUGUUUUCCUCUCCGUUGCUCAGUAUUUUGAGCACCUAAGGCUUUGUUUGACAAGGAAGUAUUUAAAAUGUUUUUUUAGCAAAUUUGAUAUGUCGUGCCUUCGUGUGACAAACUGUGAAAGACGCUGUCCACUGUGGCACCUCUGCAAUUUUCCGUCCCUCGCUUAAAAAAUCGCAACGUCCUCAUAUAUCUCUUAUUGUUGAUGAGUUAAAGAAGAUUGUAGGUCAGUUUCAGCUUGGUCUUCCUAGGAAACUUGGGGUAAGUUUUGCCCAGCUAAAUUAUCUUUAGUAUAGCUUUUGUUGUAACGAACCUGUGAAUAUGAAUGCGAUCUUCGCAGUAAUGAACACUACUUAAACUAUAUUUUGCUCGGAAUUCUAGUCUAGUUCUUCCAGGCUAUCAGCCGUGUUUGCGCUUGACGACAGCAGUGAAAUACAGGACUUCAGAUCAGCUGAAGGAAAUGCAAGGUUUCAAUGCGUGCAUUGACAGCAUUGCUGACGCUGUACAAAGCUCUACUCGUAUGCUUUCUAGUUCUUCUAUAGUUCGAAAAAAGAAAACUUUAAACCAUCCGCACCUUCAGCUACAGUAUUUUCUUGACUCCGCAUUGAUUUCCUCUGUGUGGCCUCUUGAACUUUGUACUCUCCAUAUGGUGGAUUUACUUAUCGGUUGAAUUUCGGUUUCUUUGCAAUGGUUCAUGUCUUACUAAUGAUGGUACACAUGACUACUGUGCGCACCACGUUAGCAUGACUAACUCCUCACUACUUGUAAGUUUGAUGGUGCAAGUGCCCUACGCCACGUCUUGAUGGUAAUAUGGCCUCGUUGUGAACUCUAAGAAGUGGUUUGGCUGACGCUUUUCCAUACGGAUUGUGUGUCGCGGAAUUUUUUCAAUGGGCACUCCGGGCCCCUCACUCUUUGUUUGUGCUCUUGCCUUCUUUAUUUGUCUAUCAGAGAGGUUUUCAAAUGGCUGAUGUGUGUGUUUAAGUGCGUUGGCUGAGAAUCUAUUCGCAUAAGUACUCAAGAUUUUAAAGGGAUCUUUCUGAUAGGCGACGAGAGGGGCUUGACAUCGAAAGCUGUCUUACAAUUCUGCUCAUGAUCUACGACUGCUUGGAAUAACGCUUUACCAUCUCUUAGCGCCAUGACAUCGCACACCAGCGGGCAAGGUUCACCAGCUUUUUGAACAAACUCAGAUUUUUCAGGAUAGGGGCAUUUUUUCCCAUCAAUCUACUUGCAUGGGAUUCAAAUGUGUACAGCGUCGGCGAUGGUGCUAAUUGCACGCACUGAAUCCUUACACUGGAUCUUGGACAUUUCCUCUCACUGAUCUGCAGUCCUGUAUUUUUCUGCUCGCAUCAAGUGCAAACGCGGCUGUUAGCCUGGAAGAACUAGGCUAGAAUUCCGAGCAAAAAUUAUCACGUUAUCGCUCCCCUAUUUAGCGAACGCUAAUCAAUAUGAUAUUCAAUACGUUUUGUUCACCUUUUUUCGCCACGAGACAGAAUCAUUUGCCAGAAUUUAACCGUUUAAAAUGUUUAGAGAAUCAAUCAGUGUGUUCUUAAAGCUCUGCCUUACUAUAUUUUCUUUUUAAAUGGUUAAAAUCUAAGAUUUAUGAAGCUACCAAUAUAAACGGUCGGAGUUUGCUCAAUAGACUAAUUUGCAUAAUUUUGCUGCAUAAUUUUGCUGCAUAAUUUUUUCCCACGUUCACAGGCUCAUUUUAUGAUGUUUAUUCAAACAGAGUCCUUGUUCCAGCGAUCCUUGUAUGAACAAUGCAACUUGUGUAACCAAGUACAAAGAUGAUGAUUAUCAGUGCGAAUGCGCGCUUGGAUUUGAUGGAAGACAGUGCGAACGUAUAACACUAGGUACACAAUGUGUCAUAUUAAAUUCACUAAUUUGCAUAUGUUUAGUACAUGUCUGCGUAUUUUGUACCAUUGACAUCGAAAUUGUUUUUGUUGUUGCUAAAAUAUACAGAACAUCUCCAGACUACCUUAUAAGGGUGGAUUUCUAAGCCACGGAAUAAUUAAGAAUUAAGUUUCUCCCUGAACAUAUUGCCGCCAUCUUGGAUCUUUUAAGCGGCGGAAGGUAAGAGAAUCGAGAGAAAGAUGUUCCUACCGAUUCCUGAAUAGAAGGUUAGCAAUAUGGCGAUCCCGUUGUGAGGCCGUGACAAACAGAGCUAAUACGAGUCCCCAAGUAAACCUAAACACACGUUUUGUCAUUUGUAGGAGUUGACUGCCGUGACAUAAACACACGAGCUCCUUCUCAGGGAGAUGGAAUGUACUGGUUGGACCCGGAUGGAGGAAGCCAUUCCAACGCGUUUUUGGCCUACUGUGACAAGACGUCAUACAAUGGAGGAUGGACCAUGUGUUACACUACCGAUGAAUAUGUCACACCUAAGACCGAAUUCACAUACAGCGCCCAGUUUCCCUAUGGAAGUGACGGCUACAGGACAAACUGUAAUAAUAUCUCGGUAGGCUACAUUUUUUCAGUCACUCAGUUAAUAUUUUGAAAAAAGGCUGGUUUUAUUAGCAAAAUGUCUGAAGAUAACUUUAGACCCCAUAAGGAACGGAUGCACGAUCAAUAUUAAUAAUGUUCGGACAACAUCGUGUUUUUCGCAUAGCUCACUUAAACGUCAUACUUUUGAGCACGAGAGAAUGGAAGACGCUAAUUGAGAUCGUUUUGUCUCCUCUUUUGGCCCUCUGAUAAAUGGUUUUAAGUACAGCCUUCCAUCGAAAAAGGAAACGGUUUUGAUUGGCGGGCCAGAUGAGCAUUGAUGUCCUUAGUCCAGCCGAAAAAAAAUAACCUAGGUAUGGGAAUGAAAUCAGAUCACUAAGUUUGUCAUCUAGAUAUCUUUCAUUCAGUUUACAGAAAUCAUUUUCGUUGAUCACCAAACUGGAAGAACGGCUUACUUCAAGCGCCGUACUAGUCAGUCCAUAAGAGCCUCUACUAAUUAUGGGAAACCUGCAAGCACAUAUGGACUAUGGGACGGUGUAGGAACAAACAACGCUUACUCCUACCAGCUGCUGAUCUGCGACACAUCAUUUUACAGCGGCUUCUUCGUGUCUGGAAAAAACGUUAGGUUAUUGAAGAAAAGAAAAUCACAGGUGCAGCGUUUUCAGAUAAACUGUAAAAUAUUCCACGGCCAACUUCAGUACGAAGAAAUGUGUAACAAAGUUCCUAUGCUUUAUUCGAACAUAAAGCUUACUUUGGCAAAAGGCUCAAAAUAGUGGGUAUUACGGAUGAAACUAUUGAUAGUUGUGAUAACGCUAUUGGUCACCUUUCCCCUAAAGAAUUCUCAUGGUAAGUUUUUUUUUUUCGUCAAUUGAAUUAUGCUUACCUUUUCGUAAUUUCUUUAAACGAAGAACGCUAACAAUAACAGGCUGUGCAUGUACGAAAUCUUUCGAAUAUAUUGAUCUUGUUUCUCAUAUAAAGACAGUUGAUAUUCUACAAAAUUAUCCAUGAAAGGUAUUCCCUUGUGGAAACAUUUGCCCAUGUUUGUAAUCAGAAAAAUUAUACUACAUUCAUAUUCAUUGCCCAGCAAAAGGGCGGCUGUGGCGUUAAAAUAUGAUUUUCAAUACCCUUUUUCAACUGAAGCCUUCCCUGACAAACUAGCUAGUUUAACCAUUAACAGAUUAAAUUCAUAACAUCUUGUUGUCCUGCUACUUUUGGACCGUGACAUUUGGAGUUUACAAUGCUGCAUCUAAUAUAUGCAUACAUAAUUAAUAUUUUUAAAAAAAGAAUUUCUGUCGGUACCAGACAUUCAAAUAUACCGGGUACUAUCAAAAUCCUAUUUGAUAAAGUCUUUUUUGCCACAAGCUAGUCAUUAUCUGAUUAUAACGAAUUUGAAAUGUUUCUGUUAUUUGUCAAUUCAGGGCUCAGUCAAUGUUUUUCUGGAGGAGUUUCAUUUGUGGAAUACAUGCUUCAGAAGUUUUCCUACUUGAACAUCACAAAAAUCGGUUCAGAACUUGUCCAACAUGGCGACGAGUGUGGAUUUGCCUGCCUAGAAGUUCCUUCGUGUUUUUCUUACAACCUCGCUGUAUUUUCUGAUAUCAACGGAAAAUUGUCGUGUGAAUUGCUUCCAUCUGACAAGUAUAAAAACUCGGAUAAAUUAUUUAACAGUCCGAUGUUUCAUCACUUCAGUAUAACGGUGAGUGUAGAACAAGUGAAAACAAUGUCUCGCCAAAAAAGGUAAAAUCCACCUGCCUUUCAGCCAAAAUCACCCCUCGUUUGAUGAUAGUGGUGCCGUAAGAUUAAUUACGCCUUAACAAAACUCUUUUAAUUUCACAGAAUUUCUUAAUUGGAGGAAAUGAAUUUUAUUGGAUAUCCACUAACAUUUUUCCUUACCCCACUUUUUAUGUAAAUACAGAGUCCAUGUUCAAGCGAUCCCUGCAUGAAUAAUAGUAUUUGUGUGGCCAAGUACAGAGACAAGAAUUAUCGAUGUAAAUGCGCUCCGGGAUACACAGGAAAACUCUGCGAUAUAGGUAAUGGUCUCAAUAAACGAAAGUAUUUUUAGCAGGGACUUCAAUGUUUCUUUGUCUGAUGUUCGCCAAAAAUGUAGAAUAUAAAAAAUCUUACUAGACAUUUCGGCUCAGAGUUGACAUACUUCUCACUUAAUUCUUAACUCUCACAGUGUUUCUCAAUUGAGAGCACGUAUGAGUACCGAUAAACUCUUUAGGGAAAUCAGAUGAAACUGCUUUAGCAAAUAGCCUGCAUGUGACGGACAAUCCAAAUAUUUCGAGUUGCUUCGUCCCACGGAAGCCAGAAUGAGUCUAGAACUGAUUCUUUUGAAACUACUGGUCUUGGUAGUAAGCAACAUGUUUUUCAGGUAUGAACCUCAUGUGCCCUCCAACUGUUGACUGUGUUAUUAGACUAUAACAGCUGGCUGCUAUUUGAAUCUCUGCGGGUACUCAGAAUUAUCGAUAACCGUUGUCUUACACCAAGAGAGGUGGUCAUAUGCUAUGUCAUAUCUUUUUGUUGAUGACUGCGAUUUUACGACAUGUUUUCUAUAUCCUUAUCAGGUCCAUUUUUUGGAACAGACUGCCAUAAAAUCAAAACCCAGGGUAAAAAUAAAAGCGGUAUGUACUGGUUGGACUCGGAUGGAGGAAGCCAUUCCAACGCAUUCCAGGCCUAUUGUGAUAUGAUGUCAUACAAUGGAGGAUGGACCAUGUGUUACACUACUGAUGAAUAUGUCAAACCCAGGACUGAGGUCACAUACAAUGCCUCUUUUCCUUAUGGAACUGUCGGCUACAGAAGUAACUGCAACAACAUCCCAGUAAGUUCCCAAUCACCCGUGGUUACUUUUCCGAACCCUUUUAAUUAUCAGGGAUAAUUAUACCGGAUAAAAUUCAAAUGGAGUCUUGAUAAAUCUCCAUUGAAAAACUAUAUUCAUUAAACAACUUGAUUCACAUUCGUACCUAACCCGAAGAAAUCAGAAGCAUUGGUGGCUCGCCGUUGCUCGAAUGUCUAACUAUGUUUUCUUGAUGUAACGGAAUAUGCUUAGUCCUCUGCUGCUUCGAGUGGGGUCACCACCCUAUCAUGGUGGGGUAGUUUACGUGUCUCAAUGACCCCUGGAGCUAUGUCAGCUGGAGUCUUGCAUUCUUGGUAGGAUCACCCAUGCCGAACAGGUGGAAAGGUAGAGACUGGACAAAGAGUGAUCCCCUGAUCCUCAAGGUUGGGGGUUGGGGGCAGGGUAAACGACCCCGCUCUGAAAAAAAAACACAUGUUACAGAGACCGGAUGCAUAAUGUGCUCUAGUAAUUCAGUUUUAUCAUCCAACUGCACUAAGUGAAGUACAAAUAGGGUGCGAAUCAGUACAAAUAUCACGUGAUGUUGUGCUGUUAGUUAUUUUUUACAGUAAAAACCCUGUCUCUUUUUUUUCUUUGUUUCUUUUGAAGUUUACGGAAAUAAUGUUUGUUGAUCACCAAUCUGGAAAAAAGGCAUAUUUCAAAAGGAAAUUGGAUGAACCCCUCACGGCCGCUGCUUCAUAUGAGAAAGGUGCCAACACUUAUGGAUUAUGGGACGCUGUGGGGGCCUCCCAGUAUUAUUCAUACCAGUUGCUGAUCUGCGACAACUCAUUCUACAGCGGCUUUUUAGUGUCUGGUUAUACCAAUAACUGCUACAAGGGGUGCGCUCACUGGUGCUACGAUAAAUACUCACCAUUCUUUCGCACAGCAAGUUCUGAUCAUCAGUACAAAGGUGUGGCUUUCAAUACCAAUGGUGCACCACCCAACGUGGUCGACAAUAGGCUUGUCAGUGUGGGCCUGCGGUAA